AUGCUGGGCUCUAUAUUUGCAAAUAACAAUCUCGGCCAACUCGAAGAAGAAUCAGAUUUAUCUUGGGUGGAAGGCCUGUCAGAAUUAUCGGCCGAAGAACGAAGUGUUGUUGAACUCGGACUUAGUUCACUAAAACAAUAUGAACAAAGUCCCGAGGCAUGCUUUAAAUCCGCCGCCGACUCUCUACGACACGGAUGUAAAGAACCAAACAUUCCCGUUGAAGAUCAAAUGCGAUUUGCAAUAAGGCUAACUAUGUGUGAUAUUUCGAUUUCCAAGCGUAAACAUCCAAUAGAGUGUGAAGACGACAAUACGGUUACUGAUUGUAUUAGGACAAUGCGCAACUGUGGACUUCCUAUUCGGGAUACUUUCGACAAGUUUGAAUUUAUUAAUUGGCGCAAAGAGGAGAUGCAUAAACUCGAAAAUAUGGAAGCUUUCCAAGACCAGAUAUCUGCUAAAUUCUCAAAGAUCGAGAAUACAACAAUUAGUAUGUCGGAGACUGUGAUGGGACUUUAUUCGAAAUUAGCCGCUUCGGUGGCGUUAGCGUCUGAUACAUUAAAAAGUCAAACGGAAAUAGCAGAAAAUUUUCAUAAUAUCGAGGACAAUACGAACCAAAGUAUACUCAACAUGCAAGGAAAAUUGACAUUAUUGACAAAGGUCGUGGAUACCCUAAUGGGCAGCAUGCGGAAAGUUGAUGAAGAGUUUUCGAAAGUACAAGAACUUGGUAUCCAGAAAAGUGAACAGUAUUUUGGAGACAUUAAAAGUCAGAUAACUAGGCUUUCCUCGGGUAUCGCGUAUUUUCAAUCUCAUGUACAAAAUGCAUACGAACAUAUCAACCAAUUAACAGACAACUAUGAAUCAAAGAUGAGAGAAUAUAUGGCAUUUAUGGCAUCCCAGUUCGAAAUUCAUCAUAAAGGCGUCGAAGAAACAUACUCGAUUCUCGCCGACAUGUCAAAAGCAACAAAAUUCUCGCUUGAACGUCAAUUGCAAUUAAACUCUAACAUUGACAAGUUUCUGGCGUAUUAUGACAACUUUGUGUUAGAAUAUAGAAAGACAUUAAGUUCAAUCCAAAGUGAAUAUACUUCUUUGAUACGUGCGUCUCAUACUGAGAUUCACGACCUUACCGAAGCAGUACGAGAAGCAAAGCACAGUUAUGUCGAUUUGAUGAAGUUCAUCAAGCCUUUAUGGAGCGUUGCUAAUUGGUAUGAAAACACUUCUAGUUAUGGAGUAAUCUAUGGAAUGCUUGUAGCAGUUUCUGUGGCUGCCAGGAUGCUUGCGAAACUAUUAAAGUGCAAUACCUGGAUGACGACCGCAAGUAUGCCCAAAAAGUAUCGAUUUCAUAAUCAUAUAAUUUACAACGGAUACUGA